GCAUUCUAUCCUGCCACCAAGGGAAUCAACGUGAAGUAUGGAGACACACUUGCUGCUCGAUGUGUCUUUACCGGGGAAGGGAGGACCACCAAAACAUAUAUCGGGUGAGUUCCGGGUGCUCUCCCCUUGAUUUAACUACUUUUUUUAAUCAACAAUGUUACUCUUACCUGUAAUUAAAGUACCUCCCACUCAGACACUGUAGCUCCUGAGUAAUUUAACGACCCCCCCAUUUUUCUUAUCCCCCCUGUAGAGUAAAUGGUUUGUUUUUAGAGGAGUAUCAUGGUACUGUAUAGGCUGUUUGCAUGGGAGAGAGCUGCCUGAGAGUCCUUGUUUGCCCGCCUCAGAGCCGCUCCUUGAGUCUUCCACCGUCGUGUUUGCAUGGUGUUGGGUUCUGAGCUGUACAUCACUGGGCUGUGUGACAGGCAGCUGGGACUUUCUGCCUGCUUCCCACUGAGCCAGUGCUCUAUCCUUUAUCUAUCUAUCCAUCCAUCCCCUCUCCUCCUAUAUCUUCUCCUACGUCUCCUGUCCCUGGUCGCUGGCUGCCUGAUGUCCCAUGUACGUCUGUCAGGAGCUGGGGGAGCGUGUGUGCUCUGAGGAGGGAAGAAGCAUCAGAGAGACUGCCUGUUCCCACAUGUCUCCUGGGAACCUUGCAUUUUUCAUGAUUUCCUGUUUGAGUGAUCCCUCUGUGUGUCUGAGAGUGUGUAUGUUAGUGUGUGUGUGUGUGUUGACUGUCUGUGUGUGGUUGUGUGUCUGCUGCGUCAUUACUGUUGCCAUGGCGAGGGAGAGAGGGAGGGAGUGUGCGAUGGCAGCAGUGGCGGAGUGUGACCCCUCCCCCCCUCGGACAGAGACGUGAUUAAAAUGGCUUCCAAGAGGGGAAAAAACUAAACAAGAGAGGUGCCUUGUAAAGCUGAUUGCUUUAGCUCACUGAUUAAAAUGAGAAAUUAAAAGAAAUUACAGCCAGGCUGGAGAGCGUCCAUGCAGAGUGGUUGUGGACUUAUGGGGGAUUGAAUCAAGCAGGUGUGUUUUGUUUUCAGUGUGUGUUACCCCCUCUCCACGUUGACUUCAGUCAACCUCAGUCAUGUGAAUCUCUGAGCCUUGGCGAUUGUUGACAUGCCGCCAUUUUGUCUUGUUGACGACGCACAACAGCACAACAAACAUUCCCACUGUAUAAUGUGUACUAUUUUAUGUGAAAAAAUAUAAAAUAAUAAUGGCUUUUGACUCCGCCGCCGUUUUGUCUCGUUGACAUGCUCUUCUUCCACAGAGGCACCUCUGAUGACGAGAUGUGCAACUUCUACAUGAUGUACUACAUGGAGAGCAGGCACGCAGCACCCUUCCAGGAGUGCAUGGAGGACGGCUCCAAGGAGCUGUUCCAGAACAUUCCACCUGAGGCCAACGUGCCCAUCACGGUUCCUCCAGAGAUGAUGAUGCACCACAUGAUGCAAUCUGCAGGAGCCCAAGCUACCCCAGGUAGUCAACUCCUCAUAUAUCUAGUCAAAUACAGGAAUAUGUCUCCUCAACAGGUUAAAUGUUGA